AGGCCGGAGUGAAACGCCAAUCAGUGCAGUUGCCAUGGAGACCGAGGCGGCGAUGCAGCAGCAUCAUCAGCUGAGGAUGAGGAGGAGGAUGAAGAGGAUGAGGAGGAUGAGGAGGAGGAGAGGCGAGCUCGGCGCUUCCCUCAGUUGGAGAAACGGAUCGGAUCAUCCGGACGGAACCAGCUUCUCAGGAGUUUAAUCUCAGCAGCUGAUGGUUCAUCUCAGCUAACGGCGACAGGGAGAUCCAACAUGGCCGCCGAGGACAGAGAGCAACCCAACAUGGCCGCCGAGGACAGAGAGCGAGGAGAACCGAAGAGGAAGCCGACGGGUCCGCCGAGGCUCCUGCUCGGAAGAACCAGAACCAGGAGCACCGGAGAGGAAACCAAACCAGAACCGUCUGGAAACGAGGAGCAAACAUCAGCUGGGAGCGACAAACAGACCUGCAGGGGGCGCCAGAGCGCUGCAGGGAAGAGGAGACGCAGGUGGUGGAGCGGCUUGUCCUCAGCAGUGGACUGCAUCAGGAGACAGGAGGACAGUGAGGCGAGUCCACCAGAGGGGGCGCUGCAGAGACAGGAGGACAGUGGGGCGAGUCCACCAGAGGGGGCGCUGCAGAGACAGGAGGACGGUGAGGCCGGUCCACCAGAGGGGGCGCUGCAGACACAGGAGGACAGUGAGGCCGGUCCACCAGAGGGGGCGCUGCAGAGACAGGAGGACGGUGAGGCCGGUCCACCAGAGGGGGCGCUGCAGAGACAGGAGGACGGUGAGGCCGGUCCACCAGAGGGGGCGCUGCAGAGACACGGAGAGACGAGGAAGAUGGGAAACGUUUUGAGGAGAUUCGUUCCUCUCAGGAAGAAAUCUUCUCCGUGGUUCCGGACUAAACUGAAGAAGUUCUUCAUCAGAGCGGGAAGGAGACGAUCCGUCCCACUGGGACACGUGGAGGACACCGGGCCGGAAUCAGAACUGUGUGCCUCUGGAUUCUCCCAGACUCCUGAAGGUCUUCCGCAGGUCCAGAUGUUCUGCUCUCAGGCGGGUCGUUUACCCGGAGAACUGGAACCUACAGCAGAGAAGGUGGAUCCUGAAGAUGGACCACCUUCAGUGGUCCAUCUAAACCAGGUUCUGGUGCGGGACGUGUCAUCAGAAGAGGACGAGGUUCUGUUUGACUCAGAACUUGUUGUGGACCUCCAUAAUCAGUUCCAGUUCCCCCCAGAGGAUAAAACGGUCCAGACGUCGAUCCGGAUCCAGCUCUGUCCUCCGGAUGACUCCGCCCAGGAGGAAGAGGAGGAGGAAGGCUGGGUGGGCGUGGCCUCCGCAGACUGCCAUCUCCUCCACCUGACCUGCUCUGACCCCAGCGAGCGGCAGCUGCUGCAGGCGGCCGGGUCGCUGGUCAGAACCGUCAUGGCCGCCGCCGUGGAUCAGCUGACCCGAGAGCAGCGUGGCAACGGAGGCUCCGCCCACCUGGAGCCGCCGGUUUCCAGGUGAACGCUAAGGCUAGCUCUAGAAAACACUAAGCUUAGUGUUAGCAUUAGCGCUACUGAAACAAACACUUAGCUCAGCGUUAGCAUUAGCGCUACUGAAACAAACACUUAGCUUAGCAUUAGCGCUACUGAACUAAACACUUAGCUUAGCAUUAGCAUUAGCGCUACUGAAACAACACUUAGCUUAGUGUUAGCGCUACUGAAACAAACACUUAGCUUAGCGUUAGAGCUACUGAAACAAACACUUAGCUUAGUGUUAGCGCUACUGAAACAAACACUUAGCUGAGCGUUAGCGCUACUGAAACAAACACAUUUACGAGUUCAUGGAGCCUCACAAUGACGACAACAUGAAUGUUUAUCCAGCAUAACUGAGCUCUGCUAAGCUAGCUGCUGCAUUUCAGCAACACUUCCUGAUGGGAUUAUCAAAAUAAAAGCGCUUCCUGUUCUGAGAAUUUUGUAAUUUAUACUUUACUUUUAAACAUUUCUAUUACUAUGUAGUAAAGGAUAAUGGAUUAAAACUGAACUGAACACUAAUGUGUCCUGCAAAUCACAUUAGUUCUCGCAGCUAGCUGCGUUCUUCAUCGACGCACGAACCGAGUGAUCCACCGCUAAGAGUUGUCUGUUUGAGGUUUUAUAAAUAAAAGUUUUGAGACGAAGAGCAGCAGGAAAAGAGGAAACGAAGAAAAGAGCAGAAAAAUGAAAUCAGAGCUUUUUAGAACAAAGAAAUGAAGAAUGACAUAAACGAGAACUAUUAUUAGAACUUUUAGUUUUAAUUUACAUUUCAUGUUUUUUUAUUUUAUGUUCUUAUUCAAAUGACAGGUGGCAUUUCUAAAUAAAAAAAAGUAUAAAUAAAUAACAUAAACUUCCAGUAAAAUAUUUUAUUUGAUGGUUUGUUUUAUAGUUAUUUAUCAAUAACAUUAUUUAUUUGAUCAGUUAAUCAAAGGAACUUAUUUCUAAAUGCACAAAUAAGGAUUAAACCAAAUAAUGACAGGAAUGAGGAAAUGAUCCAAACACAAAGGAAU